UAGCAGAGCUCUUGGGAACCCACGUGGUGUUUGGGCGAAGGAGACUGCGGAAAGGCUGCGAUGCUCCGAGUAGGGCUCUCCUGGAGCCGAGGAGCCGCUCUGCGGCUUUUUUCAACAACAUUGUCAAAACAUGCAGAUACUCUAAGCAACUCUAGCACAGUUUCCUUAAGAGAAUUACAGCCUGAUGUAGUCUCCAGUAAUCCCAUUUUACGGACAUGCGACAUCGCCAUUCCCAAACACCUUGGGCCUGUUCAGGCCUGGGUGGAGUCACUGAAACAUUACGAUGCCAGGCAUAUCGGCUUGGCGGAUCUACAUCCCGAUGUAUUUGCAGUAAUGCCUCGAAUUGAUAUCCUGCACACAGUGGCUACUUGGCAGAGGAAUUUCAAGAGAAUUAGCUAUGCCAAGACGAAAACACGUGCAGAGGUUCGUGGUGGUGGCAGGAAGCCCUGGCGACAGAAGGGCACUGGACGGGCCCGGCAUGGCAGUAUCCGGUCACCUAUAUGGCGUGGUGGGGGGGUGGCCCACGGCCCACGGGGCCCCACCAGCUACUUCUACAUGCUGCCCAUGAAAGUGAGGGUCCAGGGCCUCAAGGUGGCACUGACAGUCAAGUUGGCACAGGACAAUCUCCAUGUCGUAGACUCUCUAGAGAUCCCAACUUCCGAUCCCCAGUAUCUCAUGGACUUGGCCCGCUACAGGCACUGGGGAACAUCCGUGCUGAUUGUAGAUGUCAAUGAAAUCCCUGAAAAUAUCAAGUUGGCAGCGAAUGAUCUUAAAACCAUCAGCAUAUUGCCUGUCAUAGGUCUGAAUGUUCAUAGCAUGUUGAAGUAUGAGACCCUUGUGCUCACCUUGGAUACAGUCUCCUUCUUGGAAAAGAAAUUGUUGUGGCAUGACACUCGGUAUAGCCCGCUGUACCCCUUCCGGUUGCCCUACAGCGACUUCCCAUAGAGUUCAUGUCAAAGAUGAACUAUGUCCAGCUGCAAGCAUAGUGUUACUUCCUGUUCCACACACACACUGAAUAGUGUGAUUUUUUCUCCUAAUAUGUACAUUAAAACUGACUUGUCUACUGGA